UAGAAAAUUUUUAAUCUAGCUUUCAAUAUUGCAAAUUUCUCGCAUAUUAACUGCGUGCAAGAACAGCAGCUCUCCAAUGAAUUAAUACAGUUACUUAAAAUACAAUUAAGCUCUUAUCUUUUCCUAGACUAUCUUGAGCUUAAUAUAAGUUUAUAUAAUUACACGAUAAAAAGACUUUUUUUUAUUUUUGUUGAUCGCGUCGCCAGCGCUGAGAGAUUCAAGGAAGUAGGAUAUCAGACUCUCUUUCUCUCUUUUUUUUUUCUCUUUCUCCAGUUUUAGCUGAAAAACUAGAAAGUGGUGCAUUUGGCGUUUGUAUCUCGUUGAUGUCGCCGUGCUCGUUGCGGCGAAUGCGAGGACGGAUAGCUUGCUCUUCGUUUUAUCGUGAUACAUACAUGCACCAGCGGAAAGCUUUCGCGAUGCUUAACGUAUUAACCGCAACGUUGGUCGCGUUGAUAUCGUUUGCAUCCGCUAACUUUUUUGAGGUAAAUUUGUCGGAAUGCCCAGAUACAGAGUAUCAUUCUUGCAAUUUUCCAUAUAUGUGUCGUAUAUUUAUACAGCUUGAAAUAAUAAAUAACAUCUGCGCGAGAUCAAUUCAGUUGUUUUAUCCAAAUUUAAAUCGUAGUUGCUUUCGUUAAAUUUAUUUUUAAGUGUCUUUUGUUGAGAUUUCCAAAUAGAAAGGUCUUAAUAUUUUUAUAAAUGAUAUAAUAGCGAAAAAUUUGACAGCUAAAAUAAAAUAUGUUUGAUUUGGUGGGAUUUCCGAGGAAGCCAAUACAUUUGAGUCUUAAUUAACUUUGCAAAUCUAAUAACAUCUCAGCAGCAAUAUCUCCGCUAUCGAAUGGAUAUGUUAGCUAAAAAGCGAAAGUGGAUUCGCAAACGAAGAAGAUCUUCGCUUAUCGAGAAACCUUCGAUGUGAUUGCAAGGAGAGGAUGGCUGGAAGAGGGGUUUUCUAUCUUGGGACAGAUGAUUGGAGUCCGCUUUUGCCACUUCUACGAUCGCAAUAUCCAAGAAAUUGUAGAGGAUGGCACGGAUCGCCUCAGAAAUGAAAACAGUCGGGGUCCUGUCGCGUCCUGACGAAGCAGAGCCAGGACGGAGUAGAAUCAAGUAUAUCGAAGGAUUACACGCACGGUGAGGUAUCAAUCACGAGAGCCGUUCGAAUAGUUCAAUUUCAUCCAAGAUGAGCUUGCGCCAAAUCUUACCGUGGAUGUGGUGUUUCUUGAUUACGAGCGAGUGUUACAACGUAAAGAAUAGAGGUGAAGACGGUUCGAAGUUGAUACGCAUCGGUGGUGAUAUCAUCUUUGGCGGUAUCUUUCCAAUGCAUGAGCAAAUCUCACCCUCCACCGGCCAGUCACCAUGUGGGGCUGUGAAAGAAGAGAAGGGCAUGCAACGAUUGGAAGCUAUGUUGUAUGUUCUGGAUCAGAUUAAUGCUGAUCCAGACCUCCUGCCAAACACAACGCUGGGAGCUGUCAUCCUCGAUUCAUGCAGCAGCGAUACUUAUGCUCUGGAUCAAAGCAUGGAGUUCGUCAGAUCGUACAUGAAUCAGGAUAUAUCGGAGUACAAAUGCGAAAAUAACAAGACUCCAAUUUAUGUUCCUCAUAAGCCAGUAUCAGGGGUGAUAGGCGCCGCAUUUAGCGUGGUUUCUAUCAUGGUGGCCAAUAUCUUGCGGCUUUUCAAGAUACCGCAAAUAAGUUACGCAUCCACCAGCACAGAACUCUCGGAUAAAAGUCGUUUCGAGUAUUUUAGCAGAGUGGUACCACCUGACAAUUUUCAGGCACAAGCAAUCGUCGAGGUGAUCCAUCUGCUCGGAUGGAAAUAUGUUUCUACGGUUGCUGUGGAAGGCGAGUAUGGCGAGAAGGGCAUCGCCAGUUUCAUUGCCCUUUCGACUGAAUACAACAUCUGUGUCGCAGUCAGCGAGAAGAUCCUGAGAAAUUCCAAGCCCGAGGACUUCGAUAGAAUAAUCGAACGACUGAGCUCGAAGCACAAUGCCAGAGGGGUUAUAAUAUUCGUCGACGAGGAUAACAUAAGGAAGCUGCUUCAGGCAACGGUAAGGGCCAAUCGCACGGGCCAUUUCAUGUGGGUGGGUAGCGAUUCGUGGGGCGCUAAAGUUCAUCCCGUCCGAGAUCAAGAGUUUGCAGCGGAAGGUGCCAUCACCAUCCUGCCCUAUAGAAACGCCCUUAGAGAUUUCGACACCUACUAUAUGAACUUGCGGCCGAGAAUGGGCAACGAGUGUAAGGGCCAGACAGAGAGCAAUGUUCCCCAUAAAUUGUUGCCGGGGAAGAUGGUGAAUUGUCGGAAUAUCUGGUUCCGGGAAUUCUGGUCGCAACAUCACAAAUGCACCUUCAGUGCGAAUGCAUCGAUCAACGUGACGCGCUGCACCGGCAAGGAGGUGCUUUCCGAUUAUGAACAAGAGGGUCUGGUGCCUUUUGUCGUGGAUGCCGUUUACGCUAUGGCACACGGUGCUCACAACGUCAUCGAGGAAGAAUGCGUAAAUAAUUUGGGCACGUCGCAUUAUCUUUGUGAGACUCUCGUACCAGCACCGGAUGGUCCGAGACUCCUCCAACAUAUUCGGAAUGUCAGUUUCACUGGUCGCCAAAACACGGAGAUUAAGUUCAACGCUGAUGGGGACGCCUACGGAUUUUACAACAUCUAUCAGUAUCAAAGGAAGGAAGAGGGUCGCUUCGAUUACACCCUCAUCGGCACGUGGAGGGAAGAGCUCGCUCUGGACAUUAACAUGACACGCUGGGCGACGGGAGUCGGCGAGUUUCACAUUCCACGUAGCAUGUGCAGCGAUAACUGCCCGAUGGGACACGUCCGCAAUUUUGUAGAACCCUGCUGUUGGAGUUGUGUUGGCUGCCGGGAGGAUGCCUACGUGUACAACGACACAUGCAAGAAGUGUAAUCCCGGAUAUGCGCCGAAUGCUACAAUGACAGGCUGCGUCAAGCUCACCGCAGAGGUCAUACCUUGGACAAGUCCAUGGGCGCUGGUACCGCUGAUAUUCGCGUCGAUCGGCAUGCUCAGCACCCUCUUCACCACUGUGGUAUUCAUACGAUUUAAUCGUACUCCGGUGAUUAUGGCAUCGGGACGCGAGCUAUGUUACGUCCUUCUGGUGGGCAUUCUCUCGUGCUACGGCAUGAGCUUCGUUAUACUGAGCAAGCCGACUACGUGGAAUUGCACAUACCUCAGAAUCGGCCUCGGUCUCUGUCUCAGUAUAUGUUACAGCGCGAUCCUCACCAAGACGAAUCGUAUAUCGCGGAUAUUCAACCAGGGCACGAAGAAGAUCAAGAGGCUCUCCUACACAUCGCCCAAGAGCCAAGUGGUAAUCGCUAUCGGAAUUACCGCGGUCCAACUAAUUGGCACCAUCGUGUGGUUAAUGAUCGAACCGCCGGACACCACGGAGAUCCAUCCUUAUCCGCUGUCCGCGGUGCUGACGUGCCGCGUGUCCACGUUCUCGCUGAUGAUGUCUCUCGUCUACAACAUGUUCCUGAUCCUGAUGUGUACUUUGUACGCGUUCAAGACGCGCAAAAUCCCGGAGGACUUCAACGAGGCUAAGUACAUCGGCUUCACCAUGUACUCGACGUGCAUCGUCUGGCUGGCCUUCGUGCCCAUUUAUUUCGGCACCAACAACGAUUAUAAGGUACAGAUCGCGAGUAUGUGCAUGUGCAUCAACAUUUCCGCUUCGGUCGCCCUCGGUUGCCUCUUCACCCCCAAGGUCUAUCUGGUGCUGUUCCAGCCUUAUAAGAACGUUCGCCCGGGACAUCCUAACACGGGCGGCAUGCAGAGCGGAAAUCGCGGAGCGUACAGCAUGCGCUUCGCCGGCGGUCGCAGCCAGACGAUGCAGAGCGUGACCUCGGCCUCGCGUAGCAGCCCUCCAAUGUCUCGCGCGGCACCGGCACGUGCGGACGAGCGGAAGCACGCGAACGAGCACCCUCGGGCGAGGAUGCGCGAGACCGAGGCGGAGGUGUAUGUCAACGAUGACGAUGACGGCGGCGGCGAAGGCGGCGGUAACAAGGCCGACAGAAGGGACGAUAGAAGAAGCGCCGGCGGAAGUCGCGAGAGAGACGGCGGCGCCGGUAGUGACGGCUGCGACUUAGGUGACAGCAGCGACGACGACGACGACGACGACGACGACGACGAAGAGGAGCGCAAGCUGUCAACCGUUCAGGAACUCUCGGAGCUCAACGCCGUCAGUCCGCCGAUGAAUCGUCUGGCCGUGUGCCGAACCUGCGAGAGGAGUCGGGCCGGGUCUGAUCAGCCGAGCGAUCGUGACGAAGCCGCGAUCAGCAGCAUCUCCGAGAGAGUAGAAGCGCGCGCGAGGAAAGAGGGAUCGUGCCUGAACGAGGAGCAGAUUCUAAGCUACGCCGACUCGCCGACCUUCUCCGAGUUCUCUUCGUAGUAUUCGGACUCGGUCACUUCGAUGCGGAGUGACAAAUACCCUUCAGCACCCUUCGAGGACCGAGGACCAGCGCGAAGGGCCUCGUCUGCUUGGCCGUACUCGACAGCAUUUUAUAAGCGCCAGGCGUUUUAUACAUUCCCGUAAAGUGUGAGUGAUUCGACAACCCUUGCUCAACUCUUUGCACUCGCGUGUUUGUUGUGCCAAUAUAUGAUGCGAUACGUAGAAUUAUAUAUUUCAAUCUGACAAAUCUUCUUUAAUUAAAUAAUAUUA